CACGUUUGUGUUUGACUGCCUUCGUUUCUUUUUCGUUUGUGUCUUUGCCUCCUCUUGAGCUCGCCAUUCGCUCUCGCAUCGUCUUCGCUUGCUCUCGUUCAACGACAACAACAGCAGCAUAUACCACACCGAAAACCCUCACAAUGAAGGCCUCCGUCCUCUCUCUCCUCCUCGCCGGCCUGGUCGCCGCCCAGGACUUUACCGGCCAGCCCGAAUGCGCUAUCCCCUGUCUCAAGGACGCCAUCCCCAAGGCCGGCUGCGCCCUCACAGACACCGCCUGCGCCUGCAAGCCCGACGUCCAGGCUAAGCUCCUCGGCCUCGUCGGACCCUGCCUCCUCAGCAAGUGCAGCCCCAGCGACCUCGCAAAGGCUCAGGCCGCCGCUGCCGACGCCUGCAAGAAGAACGCCGGCGGCUCGACCGAGACGUCUUCUGCCGCCACGGCUACGGCCACGGCCACGGCUACGGAGCCUGCAUCCGAGACCACCACGUCUGCCGCCGAGACCACCACCGAGGCUGCCACCACCACUGACGCCGGCACCACCACCACCGAGGCCACCACUGCUCCGGCCUCGACCACUGCUGCCUCGACCACUGCUGCUGGGACCACUGCCGCCGAGACUUCCACCAGUGUCUCGACCGGCCCGACCAUUCAGCCCUCGGCUCCCUCUGGCGUCUCCAACAGCACCGUCUCCGGCACUCGCUCCGUCAUCACUCGCACCUCUACCGCCUUUGUCGGCGGCGACGGCGGCUCCAAGACGUCUGGCAUCCCUGCGUCCACCACGCUUGCCGGCAGCGAUGCUACCGCCCCCGUGGCUGGUGUCAUCGGCGCCGUCCUGGCUGCUCUGGUGGCCCUGUAAAUGCAAUCCAGCGCUUUUGAACUCAUUCUUGACAAGUUUGUCAAGGCGUUGGGCUAGCAUGUAUUCAUGAACUGACGAGUAUAUAAUAUGAAGAGGCGUGGACUUUCAAAACGGAAACUUUCUUUCUUCCCCCCUUUUUUUUUUCUUUUUGCAGGCCACGAUUGACUGGAUCCGGUCAGGGAGUUCAAUGUUUUCUUGAAUUCUCUUUGU